AUGCCCACCAGUGAGACGGAGUCUGUGAACACGGAGAACGUGAGUGGGGAAGGCGAGAACCAAGGCUGCUGUGGGAGCCUCUGUCAAGCCAUCUCAAAAUCCAAGCUCAGCCGCCGCUGGCGCCGCUGGAACCGCUUCAGUCGCAGGAGGUGCAGGGCUGCCGUGAAGUCCGUCACGUUUUACUGGCUGGUGAUUGUCCUGGUGUUUCUCAACACCUUAACCAUUUCCUCCGAGCACUACGACCAGCCCGACUGGUUGACACAGAUUCAAGAUAUCGCUAACAAAGUCCUCUUGGCUCUGUUCACCUGCGAGAUGCUUGUAAAGAUGUACAGCUUGGGUCUCCAGGCAUAUUUCGUCUCUCUUUUCAAUCGGUUUGAUUGCUUCGUGGUGUGUGGAGGAAUUACUGAAACGAUCUUGGUGGAACUGGAAAUCAUGUCUCCUCUGGGCAUCUCUGUGUUUCGCUGUGUUCGGCUCUUGAGAAUUUUCAAAGUGACCAGGCACUGGACCUCCCUGAGCAACUUGGUGGCAUCCUUGUUAAACUCCAUGAAGUCCAUCGCUUCGCUGCUGCUUCUGCUUUUUCUCUUCAUCAUCAUCUUUUCCUUGCUGGGGAUGCAGCUGUUCGGCGGCAAGUUUAAUUUUGAUGAAACGCAAACCAAGCGGAGCACCUUUGAUAAUUUCCCUCAAGCGCUUCUAACGGUGUUCCAGAUUCUGACGGGUGAAGACUGGAAUGCUGUGAUGUAUGAUGGCAUUAUGGCGUAUGGGGGCCCGUCGUCUUCGGGAAUGAUCGUCUGCAUCUACUUCAUCAUCCUCUUCAUUUGCGGUAACUAUAUUCUACUGAAUGUCUUCUUGGCCAUCGCUGUAGACAAUUUGGCUGAUGCUGAAAGUUUGAAUACUGCUCAGAAAGAGGAAGCUGAAGAAAAGGAAAGGAAGAAGAUUGCCAGAAAAGAAAGCCUGGAAAAUAAAAAGAACAACAAACCAGAAGUCAACCAGAUAGCCAACAGUGACAACAAGGUCACCAUCGAUGACUACCGAGAAGAGGAUGAGGACAAGGACCCCUACCCGCCUUGUGAUGUGCCAGUAGGUGAAGAGGAAGAGGAGGAGGAAGAGGAUGAACCCGAGGUUCCUGCUGGCCCCCGUCCUCGCAGAAUCUCUGAGUUGAACAUGAAAGAGAAAAUCACCCCCAUCCCCGAAGGGAGCGCUUUCUUCAUUCUUAGCAAGACCAACCCGAUCCGCGUGGGCUGCCACAAGCUCAUCAACCACCACAUCUUCACCAACCUUAUCCUCGUCUUCAUCAUGCUGAGCAGCGCUGCCCUCGCCGCCGAGGACCCCAUCCGCAGCCACUCCUUCCGGAACACUAUACUGGGUUACUUUGACUAUGCUUUCACAGCCAUCUUUACUGUUGAAAUCCUGUUAAAGAUGACGACUUUUGGAGCUUUCCUCCACAAAGGGGCUUUCUGCAGGAACUACUUCAACUUACUGGAUAUGCUGGUCGUUGGGGUGUCUCUGGUGUCAUUUGGGAUCCAAUCCAGUGCCAUCUCUGUUGUGAAGAUCCUGAGAGUCUUACGGGUCCUGAGACCACUCAGGGCAAUCAACAGAGCAAAAGGACUUAAGCACGUGGUCCAGUGCGUCUUUGUGGCCAUCCGGACAAUUGGCAACAUCAUGAUCGUCACCACCCUCCUCCAGUUCAUGUUUGCCUGCAUCGGGGUGCAGCUCUUCAAGGGAAAGUUUUAUCGAUGCACAGAUGAAGCCAAAAGUAACCCCGAAGAAUGCAGGGGGCUCUUCAUCCUCUACAAGGAUGGGGAUGUCGAUAACCCUGUGGUCCGUGAGAGAAUCUGGCAAAACAGCGAUUUCAACUUUGACAACGUCCUCUCAGCUAUGAUGGCUCUGUUCACGGUCUCCACGUUCGAGGGCUGGCCCGCGUUGCUGUACAAAGCCAUUGACUCGAACGGAGAGAACGUCGGACCCAUCUACAACUACCGCGUGGAGAUCUCCAUCUUCUUCAUCAUCUACAUCAUCAUCGUAGCGUUCUUCAUGAUGAACAUCUUUGUGGGCUUCGUCAUCGUCACGUUUCAGGAGCAGGGGGAGAAAGAGUAUAAGAACUGUGAGCUGGACAAAAAUCAGCGUCAGUGUGUUGAAUACGCCUUGAAAGCACGUCCCUUGCGGAGAUACAUCCCCAAAAACCCCUACCAGUACAAGUUCUGGUACGUGGUGAACUCCUCGCCUUUCGAAUACAUGAUGUUUGUCCUCAUCAUGCUCAACACACUCUGCUUGGCCAUGCAGCACUACGAGCAGUCCAAGAUGUUUAAUGACGCCAUGGACAUCCUGAACAUGGUCUUCACCGGGGUGUUCACUGUCGAGAUGGUUUUGAAAGUCAUCGCGUUUAAACCUAAGGCGCUCCCGUAUGUCGCCCUUCUCAUCGCCAUGCUGUUCUUCAUCUACGCCGUUAUCGGCAUGCAGAUGUUUGGGAAAGUUGCCAUGAGAGAUAACAACCAGAUCAACAGGAACAACAAUUUCCAGACCUUUCCCCAGGCCGUGUUGCUGCUCUUCAGGUGUGCGACGGGGGAGGCCUGGCAGGAAAUCAUGCUGGCCUGCCUCCCGGGAAAGCUCUGUGACCCCGAGUCCGAUUACAACCCCGGGGAGGAGUACACCUGUGGAAGCAACUUCGCCAUUGUUUAUUUCAUCAGUUUUUACAUGCUCUGCGCAUUUCUGAUCAUCAACCUGUUUGUGGCUGUCAUCAUGGACAAUUUCGAUUAUCUGACCCGGGACUGGUCUAUUCUGGGGCCUCACCAUUUAGACGAAUUCAAAAGAAUAUGGUCCGAAUAUGACCCCGAGGCAAAGGGAAGAAUCAAGCACCUGGACGUGGUCACUCUGCUCCGCCGCAUCCAGCCCCCCCUGGGGUUUGGGAAAUUGUGUCCACACAGGGUAGCCUGCAAGAGACUAGUUGCCAUGAACAUGCCGCUCAACAGUGAUGGGACAGUCAUGUUUAAUGCAACGCUGUUUGCUUUGGUCCGAACGGCUCUUAAAAUCAAGACGGAAGGGAACCUGGAACAAGCUAAUGAAGAACUCCGAGCUGUGAUCAAGAAAAUCUGGAAGAAAACCAGCAUGAAACUACUUGACCAAGUUGUCCCUCCAGCUGGUGAUGAUGAGGUAACCGUGGGGAAGUUCUAUGCCACUUUCCUGAUACAGGACUACUUUAGGAAAUUCAAGAAACGGAAAGAACAAGGACUGGUGGGAAAAUACCCCGCGAAGAACAGCACAAUUGCCCUACAGGCGGGAUUAAGGACACUGCACGACAUUGGGCCAGAAAUCCGGCGUGCUAUAUCAUGUGAUUUGCAAGAUGAUGAGCCGGAGGAAACAAAAGGCGAAGAAGAAGAUGUGUUCAAAAGAAAUGGUGCCCUGCUUGGAAACCAUGUCAAUCAUGUUAAUAGUGAUAGGAGAGAUUCCCUUCAGCAGACCAAUACCACCCACCGUCCCCUGCAUGUCCAAAGGCCUUCAAUUCCACCUGCAAGUGAUACUGAGAAACCGCUGUUUCCUCCAGCAGGAAAUUCGGUGUGUCAUAACCAUCAUAACCAUAAUUCCAUAGGAAAGCAAGUUCCCAGCUCAACAAAUGCCAAUCUCAAUAAUGCCAAUAUGUCCAAAGCUGCCCCUGGAAAACGGCCCAGCAUUGGGAACCUUGAGCAUGUGUCUGAAAAUGGGCAUCAUUCCUUCCACAAGCAUGGCCGUGAGCCUCAAAGAAGGUCCAGUAUUAAAAGGUCUGACUCAGGAGACGAGCAGUUCCCAGCUAUUUGCCGGGAAGACCCCGAGAUACACGGCUACUUCAGGGAGCCCUGCUGCUUGGGGGAGCAGGAGUACUUCAGCAGUGAGGAGUGCUACGAGGACGACAGCUCGCCCACCGGGAGCAGGCAAAGCUACAGCUGUGGCUACCAUACCCGAUACCCAGGCAGCAGCUUGGACUUCGAGCGGCCUCAAGGCUACCAUCACCCCCAAAGCUUCUCGGAGGAUGAUGACUCACCUGUUUGCUAUGAUUCCCGGAGGUCUCCAAGGAGACGGCUGCUCCCUCCCACCCCAACAUCCCCCCGGAGAUCCUCCUUCAACUUCGAGUGCCUGCGCCGGCACAGCAGCCAGGAGGAGGUCCCGCCAUCCCCCGCCUUCCCCCACCGCACGGCCCUGCCUCUGCACCUGAUGCAGCAACAGAUCAUGGCAGUCGCCGGCCUAGAUUCCAGCAAAGCCCAGAAGUACUCGCCAAGCCACUCCACCCGGUCGUGGGCCACCCCGCCAGCGACCCCGUCGUACAGGGACUGGAUGCCGUGCUACACCCCACUGAUCCAGGUCGAGCGGUUGGAGGCCCCGGACCAGGUCAACGGCAGCCUACCGUCCCUGCACCGCAGCUCGUGGUACACGGAUGAGCCCGGCGUCUCCUAUCGGACGUUCACACCAGCCAGCCUGACCGUCCCCAGCAGCUUCCACAACAAAAACAGCGACAAGCAGAGGAGCGCAGACAGCUUGGUGGAGGCGGUUCUGAUAUCCGAAGGCUUAGGACGGUAUGCUAGGGACCCAAAAUUCGUGUCAGCGACAAAACACGAAAUUGCCGAUGCCUGUGACCUAACCAUCGACGAGAUGGAGAGUGCAGCCAGCAACCUGCUGAAUGGGAACGUGCAUCCCCGGGCCAAUGGGGACGUGGGGCCCGUCUCACACCGGCAGGACUACGAGCUCCAGGACUUCGGGCCCGGCUACAGCGACGAGGAGCCAGACCCCGGGAGGGAUGAGGAGGACCUGGCAGAUGAAAUGAUUUGCAUCACCACCCUGUAGCCCCCAGGGAGCGGCCAACUGGCUCUGGCCUCAGGUGGGGCGCCGGAGGGCCGGGGGAAAAGUGCCUCGUAGUUAGGAAAAUGUAGGCACUAGUGUGGAGUCCCUAUACAAUUAGACUUUUGUACAAGUGAUGUCAUGCCUCAAGGAAGCCAUAAAUCUGGUAGGGGACAGCCGCGCCCACAUGCUCAGCCCCAGCUGUGGGCAAGAGCAGGUCCAGCCCUCCUGGAGAGGACCAGCGAGGAGGUCGGACAAGCCCUGCCCGCUUGUCCAGAGCGCUGGCCCGCCACCCGCGGGCACGGGGGGAAGGUUUAAAGGUGAUGACGAUCACCAUACCUAUGUCAUUACCUCAGCCAUCGGUCUAGCAUAUCAGACGUUCACUGGGCCCAGCGUAUCCAUUUUUAAACCCUUUUCCCCCCAAAACACACUGCUUCCUGAUUCCUGUUCGGCUCUUCUGAAAUACAGUGUGUAAGUCAGGACCUACCUACCAGCCGUCAUCCUGAGAGGGGAGCGGGACCCUGUAAACGGGGUUUUCUGUGACGUGACGCCAGUUUACAGGAGAGAGCAUCACUCCGACGGUCGGUUUCUGACUGUCAGGCAAAGGGCAACUGUAAACUGGAAUAAAUAAUGCACUCGCAACCAGGUAAACUUAGAUACGCUAGUUUGUUUAAAAAUUCUAGAUUUACUGUAUAUGACUUGUAAUAUACUAUAAUUUGUAUUUGUAAAGAGAUGGUCUAUAUUUUGUAAUUAUUGUACCGUAUUUGAAAUGCAGCAAUAUCCAUGGGUCCUAAUAAUUGUAGUUCCCCACUCAAAUCUAGAAACUAUUAGUAUUUUUACUCGGGCUAUACAGAAGUAGAAGAAAUAGAGCCGAUUCUCAUCUAUCCAGUGGAAAUCUUUUGGGGGUGAAAUUUUAAGUUCAAAAGAACUUGGCACUGCAGAGAUUUUUCUAAACUAUU